AUGCCCGGAGCCAGUGGCGUCAAUGUUGAGGGCUCUUGUGAGGCUCUGUGUCGAAACCUGGUCUCCCAGAAAGGCCUCCAGAGAGAGACGGCCGACAUCUCCCAGUCUGUUCUCUACACCUCACUGAUGGGCUUGCUUCUGGUUACCGACAACGAGAAAGAGCAACUCUCCAUAGGAAGUGGAAGGGUUGGCCUUAGAAACAUAGGAAACACAUGUUUCCUGAACGCAGUAGUCCAGUGUUUGUCUCACACACGUAGCCUACGGGACUACAGCCUCAUCAUGUCCUAUAGGGCUGAGAAGUUCUCCAAAGAGGAGGCCAAGCUCAUGGAGGCUUUCUCUCAGGUGCUGUCAGGCCUUUGGGAUGUAAAUGAAGGGGACACAGUUGUAAAUCCACGACAGUUUUACAGUAUUUUUAAAGAAGCGGUUCCUCACUUCAGUGGAUACAGUCAACAGGAUGCGCAGGAGUUCCUCAGGUUCCUAUUGGACAAGCUGCACACAGAAAUCAACCGCAGACCCUAUGUUCGACGAACAGGAAAGGAGCCUGAACAGAAAUGUGCCAGAUUUAGAAUUUCAGAGGAGGCAGCUGCCAUGUGGAAGAAGCACUUGGAGAGAGAUGACAGCAGAAUAGUCGACCUGUUCUCAGGCCAGCUGAGGAGCUCGCUGCAUUGCUCAGUGUGCUCCCACUACUCCAACACUUUCGAUGUGUUCUGUGAUCUUUCGCUACCGAUCCCCAAGAGGAGCUCUUCUGGGCGGGUCACGCUGAGGGAAUGCCUGGACCUCUUCUCUCAGGAGGAGAAACUGGACAAGGAAAACUCACCAAUGUGUGAGAGGUGUAACAGGCAUACAGAAUGCACCAAGCGGCUUUCCAUCCAGAGGUUUCCCCAGGUCAUUGUUAUCCAUCUGAACCGCUUUACGACGUCACGAUGGUCUAUUAGUAAAAGCACAGUGUACGUGUCCUUCCCACUCACCAACCUGGACCUUGGACGCUACGGGCCCGUCGACUGCGGCCCAGUUCUGUAUGAUUUAUAUGCAAUAUGUAACCACGCUGGGACGGUGAACAUGGGCCACUACACAGCCUGCUGUUCAGACGAAAAUGGUUGGUGCUUCUACAAUGACUCGAGUGUGACUCCAGUCUCAGAGAACCAGCUUCAGACGAAUCAAGCAUAUGUGCUGUUCUACCAGCGCAGCAACAGCACCGCCACAGUCAGGAAAUAGACCUGAGACUGGUUGAGCCAAUCAGCCAAUCAGAGCAUCUUUACCUCCAGUGUCCAUAGAAACAAAUGGAAGCAGCAUUGCUGUAACCCUGGAAUAUAUGAACAGCUCAAUCUCAGUGAGCAUGCCUUCAAAUGAACUCGAAAGAGGAGGAAAACGAAGCAACACUCACUUUAAAGGGGGCUUGAAGAGGCGAUCUCCCUUCCUGAGUCAUGAAGAUGCUUUUGAAGAGUCUCAGUGAGAGAGCUGAGAAAGCUCAGAAAGACUGCAGUGCAGCCUUAAGAGUCUCUGUGCCAUACUUGUCUGGCAGGAGUGAGCGGUGUACUUGCACAUGAUGCUGAGCGCUUUAUGUAAGAUAAUUGUGAGUCAUGCUUGCGAUGCAACAUAAACUCAAAUAUACAAAAAUAAAUCUUGGGUGGAAUAGAAAUUAGGCAACAUUUGAUGACUCAAUUGUGACAUAGGAUUUCAAUAUAAGCUACAAUUUUGUGAAAUUGUACAGUACUUAAACUCUAUACAUAAAUAUCUGUAGCCAAUACUAUAUAUAUGCUGUCAUUUUAUGCUAAUCUCCCUACACAUGGAGAGUUGGCCAUAAAACAUUAAAAUGGGCUAUA